GAAGUUUAUGGGGCAAAUGUGGAGACGGCGGCAACGGAGGAGAAGCUCCAUAAACCACGCACCCUCCACCUGUCUCGCUGCCGCCGCCGGUGAAACCCUCUCUUUCCUUGGUGUAAUUCUAAUCCACUUUUUCAGUUCACUUGGAGAGACGUAUACGCAUCAAACUUGGAUAAUGUUUACUUCCUCAAGGUUGGAGAUAUACAAUAUUCAAAUUAACUUAAUGCUUGAGGUUCUAACAUGUGUAACUUUUUUAAAAAAAAUCAAUUUAUUCUUCGCAUUAAAUAUUCUGGGGACUAAUUCAAUCUAUGACAAUGGACUAUUUUAAUGAAAAAAUGUCAUUGAUGGGGUAUGCUUUUAGUAUAAAUAAAUUUUAUUCUUUAAAGAACAUGAUCUUAUGCCUCAGCCUCAAUUUUCCUGCAUCCCAUAAUUGUCUUCUGCACUCUCUGUUGUUCCCUUUAUUGAAUUGAUAUAGCUCUAUGGAGGUGGUCAAGCUGUUAGUAGUUUUGGCACUCUUUGUCCUUUCUCUGCAUUUCAUCACCAAAAUAGUCAAACUCAGAAAGAAUCCAAAGCUGAACCUUCCUCCAGGAACCUCAGGAUGGCCUAUUGUUGGAGAAACCUUUGAGUUUCUCAGAAACAGUCCUGAGGGAACCCCGUCAAGGUUCGUAGAGGAGAGAAUGAACAAAUAUGACUCAAGGGUGUUCAAGACAUCAUUGCUUGGAUAUCAUAUGGCUGUGUUUUGUGGACCAGCUGGGAACAAGUUCUUGUUCAGCAAUGAGAACAAGAAUGUCCAAGUGUGGUGGCCCAGCUCAGUGAGGAAGCUGAUAAGGCAGUCUCUAGUUAAUAAGGUUGGUGAUGAAGCAAAGUUGACAAAGAGGUUGCUCUUAAGCUUUCUCAAUGCAGAUGCACUUAGAAAUUUCUUGCCAAAAAUGGAUAGCAUUGCUCAGCACCAUAUUAGGACGCACUGGGAGGGGAAGAUGCAAGUGCAUGUCUAUACCAUAAUACAGCUAUACACGUUUGAAUUGGCUUGUUGCUUAUUUUUAAGCUUUGGAAACUCUAGCCAGGUAGCAAAUCUUUCUUCACUGUUUGAUGUAUUUCUGAAAGGGAUCUUUGCAUUAUCCAUUAACUUUCCUGGAACAAGGUUUCAUCGGGCAAUGAAAGCUGCGGAUGCAAUAAAAAAAGAAAUCAAAAUGCUUCUUAAGAAAAAGAAAGUGGAUUUGGAAGAAAAUAGGAUUUCGCCUACCAAGGACCUUUUAUCACAUUUGCUUGUUACAUCUGAUACCAAUGGAAGGUUUUUGACCGAAACGGAGAUUAGUGAUAACAUAUUACUAUUGCUUUUUGCUGGUCAUGAUACUUCUAGAUCAGUGUUAUCAUCAGUCAUGAAGUAUCUCGGACAGUUACCUGAAGUUUAUGAACGUGUGUUGAAAGAACAACUUGAAAUUAGCCAAGGGAAAGAGGAAGCUGAAUUGCUGCAUUGGGAGGAUGUUCAGAAAAUGAAGUACACUUGGAAUGUUGUAUCUGAAGUUAUGAGGCUGUCGCCACCCGUGAGAGGUGCUUAUAGAGAAGCGAUAAAGGAUUUCACCUAUGCUGAUUAUAACAUCCCUAAAGGGUGGAAGUUGCAAUGGAGCACUAAUGCAUCACACAAGGAUCCAACACUUUUCUCGAAUCCUGGAAAUUUUGAUCCUUCGAGAUUUGAAGGAGAAGGGCCUACACCCUUUUCAUAUGUUCCAUUUGGAGGAGGACCUAGAAUGUGUUUGGGGCAAGAGUUUGCUAGGCUAGAGAUACUUGUGUUUAUGCAUAACAUAGUCAAAAGUUUCAAGUGGGAUUUAGUGAUUCCUGAUGAGAAGUUCAAGUAUGAUCCCAUGCUAGAACCAGAAAAAGGACUCCCAAUUCAACUUCAACCUUCCCAUUUCUAGCCUAAUACAUUGAUUAAGAGCUUUAUUUAUAAAUUUUCACAUUAUACUGAAACUAGAUUGUUUAGAAAAAAAAGAAACUAGAUGGUGAUCCGCGCAUAGCGUGGGUUAAUAUUAAUAUAAUAAUGUGAGUGCAAAUAGUUGUAUGAAAUUUAUUUAUGCAUUAUGUUAUUAUCUUUUUAUGGAAUGCAUGAAAAUUUGAAAUGAUUUUAAUGAUGAA